AUGAACUUCACUGUGAGACUAGGUGUAUUAUUGGCUUUAGCUAAUUACGGUUUGGGCAAAGAUUGUAACGAAUUGUUGACUGAGUAUGGCCGUGUGUGUGUCUGUAACGAAACUUACUGUGACACAGUGCCAAUUUUAGCCGUUCCGAAAGACAGUUAUCAAUUAUUCACCACCAGCUCAGAGAAACUGGGAUAUACUACUAGCACUGGGCCAAUUGAGGCUGUGGGUCAUGGAAUAAUAAACAACAUAAAAAUUAUAUAUAAACAGAAGCAAACUAUUUUGGGAUUUGGUGGAAGUUUUACGGAUUCGGCUGGUAUCAACAUCUAUGCUCUUCCAGAGGGUGCACAAGAGCAUCUUUUAAACAGUUAUUUUGGAGACGAAGGAAUUUCGUAUAGUAUAGCAAGAGUGCCCAUUGGAGGAACUGAUUUUUCUACGAGACCGUACACUUACGAUUCCGACCACGAUGGUGAUGUGGAUUUGGAGCAUUUUGCUUUACAAGAAGAAGAUAUCCUUUUCAAGAUUCCUUACAUACAAAAAGCUUUGCAACUGACAAAAAAUAAUCUGAAACUAUUUGCAUCAGUUUGGACAGCACCACCAUGGAUGAAAACCAACAAUGAUUACGCAGGAAUCGGUUUUUUAAAAGAAGAACAUUAUCAAGUUUGGGCCAAUUAUUUCAUUCGUUUCUUUGAAGAGUACAAAAACAAUGAUGUUGACUUUUGGGCAGUAACCACUCAAAACGAGCCGAUAGAUGGAUUUUUGCCAAGUUUUUUGAGCAAAAUUAAUAGUAUGGGCUGGACCACUUCUAAAAUGAGUAAAUGGAUCAGCGAAAACUUUGGUCCUACCAUCAGGAAUUCAUCAUUUAAUCACUUGAAAAUCAUAGUUCAUGACGACAACAGGAUAACAUUGGCCUUGUUGCCCGCUAUAUUGGAAAAUGAUGAAGUAGUCCAAUGGGUUGAUGGGGUUGGAUUGCACUGGUAUGAAGAUUGGUUGUUGCCCGAUUCCCUGGUUGAAAAUGCAAAAUCGUCCAAGAAAGAUUUGUUUCUAUUGGGUACUGAAGCUUGCAAUGGAUACAUGUACAAAAUGGGUUUAGAUAAAUCUGUCAAACUGGGUUCGUGGAAUAGAGCAGAGGACUACAUUAAUAAUAUAAUGAAGGUGAAUGUUGAUGACAUCAAUUUAGGAGUAGGAGGGUGGACAGAUUGGAACAUGAUUCUAGACGAACAAGGAGGUCCAUGUUAUAUUAACAAUUUUGUGGAUGCUCCUAUAAUUGUUAAUAAUUCGACAGGAGAGUUCUAUAAGCAACCUAUGUUUUAUGCAUUGGGACAUUUUUCAAAAUUUUUGUUGCCUGGUUCUAUAGUUUUGGAUACAGAUGUUACAUCUGAAUUUGCCAUAAAAUCUGUAGCUGUAUUGAGACCUGACAAUCUGACAGCAAUAAUUAUUUUCAAUGAAGAAGAGAAGGAAGCAACUGUGAACAUAAACGACGAAAAAGGGAAUGUUAGUGUUCAAAUUCCAGCAAAAUCAAUCAAUACAAUUCUUUUAUAAAUAUUUUAAAUAUCAUUAAACC